AUGCGGCUUCUCCACUUCAACACCCUAGGAAGGCUAGUCUUGACAGACUUUCGCGGCAAGACGAUCCCGCCAUAUGCCAUUCUGUCGCACAGAUGGAGCGAAUCCGAGAUCCUUAUUGAAGACAUAGCGAGCGGAUUUUGCGCUAAACAGGCAGCCCAGGACAAGCUGCAAUAUUUCUGGAUCGACACUUGCUGCAUCGACAAGUGGAACCUCUCUGAGCUCUCAAAGGCGAUCAACUCGAUGUUUCAAUGGUACAAAAACGCGACACGAUGCUACGUCUUUCUAUUAGACGUCUUAGUGUCGACUGCAACAGAGCCAGCCCAACGCAACGACUGGGAGGCUUCGUUCCGCAAAAGUCUUAUUGCGCCAGUGUCAGUCGAGUUCUUCUCGCGUGAAGGACAUCCCAUAGGCGAUAAAGCGUCGCUCGGCCAGCUUAUUAGUGAGAUCACUAGCAUCCCGCUUGCGGCAUUGCGUAACUGCCCCUUGGACCAGUUCUCUAUAUCUGAGCGAGAAAGAUGGGCCAAAAAUCGUAGAACAACUGAAGAGGAAGACAUUGCAGAAGUCGACGUAGCUGCUAACGUACUAUCGAUCAUCCCGUUCUCACAAAAUCCUCGCUUCGUAGGCCGAGAGUCGCAGCUUGCCGAGCUAGAAGCAAAGCUAUUUAGCAACGAACAGACCACUACUACACUAGCGAUCGUUGGACCUGGUGGGACAGGCAAGUCGCAGCUCGCGCUCGAGGUUGCGCACAGAAUAAGGCAAAAUAUGAAGAACUGCUCAGUCUUUUGGAUGGACGUAAGCGACAAAGACAGUCUCUACCAGUCAUAUGCAAGUGUUGCGCAGAAGCUUGGCAUUCCUGGGUGGGAUGAUGAUAAGGCCGAUAUGAAGCAGCUUGUAGAACGCUGUGUAGUAGAAAUUAGUGCGCGACAGUGUUUACUGAUAUUUGACAACGUAGAGGACACUAUUCUACAAUCUGGCGGCAUGUCCACAACAGAAGCGGUAGAAUUGGUGAACUAUCUACCGCAGUCUAACCUAUGCUCUACUAUCUUCACAACAACAAGUUAUGGCAUAGCUAAGGCGCUUACUUUACAGAGUAUUAUAGCACUGCAAGAGCUGACACCAGAUAUGGCGCUAAAGAUGCUGCAAACCCGCUUGGCAACGCCGCUUUCAAGCACUGAGCAGCUGGAAGCUAAGAACUUGUUAGGGGGGCUGUUGUAUCUACCUCUAGCAGUCGUGCAAGCAGCAGCGUGUAUAAAUGCUAGCGGCAUGACGGUGCAGAAUUAUCGAGCACAGCUAGAUAAGUAUAGCAGCAACUCGUCUACAGAACAACUACGGAGCGCUAGUAUAACAGAUCCUGUGGCUACUACGCUAUUUUCCUCCCUGGAUCAGAUCGUUUGUGAGAAUGCACUCGCUACAGACUAUCUUUUUCUUGCUGCAUGCGUAAACCGGAAAGACAUCUUACUCGACCUUCUAGAGGCAGCCUCGCCACAGGCAAAGGAAGAUGCCAUCAUAGUACUUCACAGGUAUGCGCUCGUCACUAGGCGACCUACUGAAUCAGCACUUGAUAUUCAUCGACUAGUGCAUCAAGCUCUACGCAAACGGCUGCAAGCGCAGGGAUGGCUCCAACAGUGGACCCAACGCACUAUAACACAGCUACUCCAAGUUUUCCCAAGCGACGACCAUAAUAAUAGAAUGACGGAAGGUAUGAGGAGGCCAAAGAGCUAG